GGCGCCGGCCGGCGGGCGGAGACGGCCCCGGGAUCUGUCCGAGCAGGAAGCUCGCCCGAUCGCGGUCGCCGCCGCGUCCCAGAGCUGGUCCACGCAGUCGCCCUUUGCGCUCGACUUCGUUACCUUUCACCCCGCCCUCCACCUCACCGGCCACAGGUAGCCUCGCCUCCGCGCACCUGCGCUCGCGGCCACCCGGAGAUAGUGGGCACUCCCUUCAAAAAUGGAGGAUGGGAAACCAGUUUGGGCGCCACACCCUACAGAUGGAUUUCAAAUGGGCAAUAUUGUAGAUAUUGGCCCUGACAGCUUAACAAUUGAACCCUUGAACCAAAAAGGCAAGACAUUUUUGGCUCUCAUAAACCAAGUGUUCCCUGCAGAAGAAGACAGCAAAAAAGAUGUGGAAGAUAAUUGUUCACUAAUGUAUUUAAAUGAAGCCACUCUUCUUCAUAAUAUCAAAGUUCGAUACAGUAAAGAUAGAAUUUAUACAUAUGUCGCCAACAUUCUGAUUGCAGUGAACCCCUACUUUGACAUACCUAAAAUAUAUACUUCAGAAACAAUAAAGUCAUAUCAAGGAAAAUCCCUUGGAACAAUGCCACCACAUGUCUUUGCAAUUGCUGAUAAGGCUUUUCGAGAUAUGAAGGUACUCAAGAUGAGUCAGUCUAUCAUCGUAUCUGGAGAAUCAGGAGCUGGCAAAACAGAAAAUACAAAAUUUGUUCUAAGAUAUCUGACUGAAUCCUAUGGAACAGGUCAAGAUAUUGAUGAUAGAAUUGUUGAAGCUAACCCUCUUUUAGAAGCCUUUGGAAAUGCAAAGACUGUUCGGAACAAUAAUAGCAGUAGAUUUGGAAAAUUCGUAGAAAUACAUUUCAAUGAAAAGAGUUCAGUUGUUGGAGGAUUUGUUUCACAUUAUCUUCUAGAGAAAUCUAGAAUCUGUGUUCAAGGCAAAGAGGAAAGGAAUUAUCAUAUCUUUUAUAGGUUGUGUGCUGGUGCUUCUGAAGAUAUUAGGGAAAAACUUCAUUUGAGCUCCCCAGAUCAUUUUCGGUACUUAAACCGAGGCUGCACUAGAUACUUUGCUAACAAAGAAACUGACAAACAGAUUUUACAGAACCGAAAAACUCCUGAGUAUCUUAAGGCAGGUUCCUUGAAAGAUCCUCUGUUAGAUGACCAUGGAGAUUUUAUUAGAAUGUGCACAGCCAUGAAAAAGAUUGGUUUGGAUGAUGAAGAAAAGCUUGAUCUGUUCCGGGUAGUAGCUGGUGUUCUGCAUCUUGGAAAUAUUGAUUUUGAGGAAGCCGGCAACACUUCAGGUGGUUGUAAUUUGAAGAAUAAAUCUACUCAGGCAUUGGAAUAUUGUGCAGAAUUACUGGGUUUGGAUCAAGAUGAUCUUCGUGUAAGUUUAACUACAAGAGUCAUGCUAACAACGGCAGGGGGCACCAAAGGAACAGUUAUAAAGGUACCCUUGAAAGUGGAGCAAGCAAACAAUGCUCGUGAUGCCUUGGCAAAGACUGUCUAUAGCCAUCUUUUUGAUCAUGUGGUAAACAGAGUAAACCAGUGUUUUCCUUUUGAAACAUCAUCUUAUUUUAUUGGAGUCCUAGAUAUUGCUGGUUUCGAGUACUUUGAACAUAACAGUUUUGAACAAUUUUGCAUCAACUAUUGCAAUGAAAAACUUCAACAAUUUUUUAAUGAAAGGAUUCUGAAGGAGGAACAAGAACUGUAUCAAAAAGAAGGUCUAGGUGUUAAUGAAGUGCAUUAUGUGGAUAAUCAGGACUGUAUAGAUUUAAUUGAAGCAAAAUUAGUGGGGAUACUGGAUAUUUUAGAUGAAGAAAAUCGCCUUCCUCAGCCAAGUGAUCAACACUUUACAUCUGCAGUUCACCAGAAGCACAAAGAACAUUUCCGACUCACUAUACCCAGAAAAUCUAAGUUGGCAGUUCAUAGGAACAUCAGAGAUGAUGAAGGCUUCAUUAUUAGGCAUUUUGCAGGGGCAGUGUGCUAUGAAACAACUCAAUUUGUGGAAAAAAAUAAUGAUGCUUUACAUAUGUCUCUUGAAUCCUUAAUAUGUGAAUCCAGGGAUAAAUUUAUACGAGAAUUAUUUGAAUCAUCCACAAAUAACAAUAAAGAUACUAAACAAAAAGCAGGAAAACUUAGCUUCAUCAGUGUGGGAAACAAGUUUAAGACACAAUUAAAUCUGCUUCUGGAUAAACUUCGAAGUACUGGUGCAAGCUUUAUUCGUUGUAUCAAACCUAAUUUAAAGAUGACAAGCCACCACUUUGAAGGUGCCCAAAUUCUGUCUCAGCUUCAAUGUUCAGGUAUGGUGUCUGUUUUGGAUUUAAUGCAGGGUGGUUUCCCAUCACGAGCUUCCUUUCAUGAACUCUACAAUAUGUAUAAAAAGUAUAUGCCAGAUAAACUUGCAAGAUUAGAUCCAAGACUGUUUUGUAAGGCUCUUUUUAAAGCUUUGGGCUUAAACGAAAUUGACUACAAGUUUGGAUUAACAAAAGUAUUUUUUAGACCUGGCAAGUUUGCAGAAUUUGAUCAGAUUAUGAAGUCUGACCCUGAUCAUUUAGCAGAAUUGGUUAAAAGAGUCAAUCACUGGCUUAUCUGCAGUCGCUGGAAGAAAGUUCAAUGGUGCUCACUCUCAGUCAUCAAAUUGAAAAACAAAAUAAAAUAUCGAGCUGAAGCCUGCAUUAAAAUGCAAAAAACUAUUCGAAUGUGGCUUUGCAAAAGGAGACACAAACCUCGCAUUGAUGGCCUGGUUAAGGUGGGCACACUGAAGAAACGACUUGAUAAAUUUAAUGAAGUAGUAAGUGCAUUGAAGGAUGGAAAACUAGAGAUGAAUAAACAGGUCAAGGACCUUGAAAUUUCUAUUGAUGCUUUAAUGGCCAAAAUUAAGUCCACUAUGAUGACGAGAGAACAAAUACAGAGAGAGUAUGAUGCACUAGUUAAAAGCUCAGAGGAACUUCUCAGUGCAUUACAGAAAAAAAAACAGCAGGAAGAGGAAGCAGAAAGGCUGAAGCGUAUUCAAGAAGAAAUGGAAAAAGAAAGAAAAAGACGUGAAGAAGAUGAACGACGUCGAAGAAAGGAAGAGGAGGAAAGGCGGAUGAAACUUGAGAUGGAAGCAAAGAGAAAACAAGAAGAAGAAGAGAGAAAGAAAAGGGAAGAUGACGAAAAACGUAUUCAGGCUGAAGUGGAGGAGCAGCUGGCCCGACAACGGGAGGAGGAAUCCCAGCAGCAGGCAGUUCUGGAGCAGGAGCGCCGGGACCGGGAGCUGGCCCUGAGGAUUGCCCAGAGUGAAGCUGAGCUCAUCACUGACGAGGCCCAGGGUGACCUGGCCCUCCGGAGCUCGGAUUCCCGUCCAGUAACUUCUAAAAUCGUUGGAGCAAGACCCAUAAUGACACCGGAACAAAUGGAGAGAGAAAUGUCAGAAUUUCUGAGUAGAGGUCCUGCUGUACAAGCUACCAAGGCAGCUGCUGGUACCAAGAAAUAUGAUCUCAGUAAAUGGAAAUAUGCAGAACUACGUGAUACCAUCAAUACUUCUUGUGAUAUUGAGCUCCUGGCAGCUUGCAGAGAAGAAUUUCACAGGAGACUAAAAGUGUAUCAUGCGUGGAAAUCCAAGAAUAAGAAGAGAAAUACUGAAACAGAGCAGCGUGCUCCAAAGUCUGUUACUGAUUAUGAUUUUGCACCAUUUUUGAACAAUUCACCUCAGCAGAACCCAGCGUCUCAGCUUCCUGCCAGGCAGCAGGAGAUGGAAAUGAACCGACAGCAGCGCUUCUUCCGCAUCCCGUUCAUCCGCCCUGCCGACCAGUACAAAGACCCGCAGAAUAAGAAAAAAGGCUGGUGGUAUGCCCAUUUUGAUGGACCAUGGAUUGCCCGGCAAAUGGAACUCCAUCCUGACAAGCCACCCAUCCUUCUUGUGGCUGGUAAGGAUGACAUGGAGAUGUGUGAGCUGAAUCUUGAAGAGACGGGCCUGACUCGAAAGCGUGGUGCUGAGAUUUUGCCAAGACAGUUUGAAGAAAUUUGGGAACGCUGUGGAGGCAUCCAGUACCUCCAGAAUGCAAUUGAGAGCAGACAGGCUAGGCCCACGUAUGCAACGGCCAUGCUGCAGAAUCUGCUGAAGUAGAUGUUGCGCCUUAGCUGACAGCUGGGAGCCCUUGCCGUGGUAGCAAGGAGGGUCUGUGCCCCAGAGAUUUAACGGUUCUGUGAUCAUGUUAGAACUGCUUCUACAAAGGGAACAGAUUUUAGUAAUCAUGGCUUUUUGUUAAUUUAAGGUAAAUUAUGGUAGUGAAUUUGGGGCCUGAAAAUUAUUUUCCUGUAUCCAGCUGUAACUGUUCAAUUCCUUCUCAUUCUAACACUUGUUAACACUUGGACAGAUUCUGACAUUUCUCAUUCUUUGCCAACAGACUAUCUUGAAGUCUAUCAUAAUUGUUCUUUAGGAAAAGAGAUUUUUUUAAAAAACUCAAAAUACUAACUUUGGAAGGAGGCACAGAACCAUAUAACUGGAAUAAUGAAACCUUAGCUUAAAUUUUCUUACAAAAAUUAAGGCACUUAAAAUAAGGCACUGAUCUUUUUUGAUCUGAAAAACUGUAUACGUUACUUUUUCAGAAAUUAAUGGAAAUUUGCAUUGAAGGUGGAAAUUUUAAUUCCCCCCCCCCUCCUUUGCAGUGUCUUAAUUUGAGUAAAACAAUUUACCUGAACUUCUAGAAUUCCAGAAAGGGCCUGAAUGCAUGUGAUGUACUCUGUGAUAAAGAAGGUACUUACAGUAUCUUGCAUGGAUUAAUUUUUCUUUUCUAUCACAUUGUGUCACUAUGGAAAAUAUUUUUUUCUAUUCCAUGGACAAAUAAAGGAAAUUCUCAAAGCAUUUAAAUGCUUCAAAGUUUGGAGAUACCUUGUUUCGCUUAGAAAAGGAAAAAGGUUUUUGGUGGCACUGUGGCUUAACUGGACUGAAUUCAGAUAUUCUUUCAACUUCAUCUCAAUUGUGAUUUUUGUAUCAGAAUCUUGUCCAAGUUGUUUCAUAUGAUUUAAGCUAGUGUUUUGCUGCAAACCAUCUUUGUUUUUAAAAAGUUCCUAGUAUCUUUUGGUCUUGAGAAUUUGGUAAUUGUAGAACUGUUUUAUAAGCUUUGUGAUUCAAAAGUCCAGUACUUAAUAAUUCCUUAUUUCAUGUAACUGAUAAUUUAAUUUUUUUUCUUUGUGUGGUGUUAGUUUUGAUCAAAUGUCAGCAGUUUCAAGCCUAAUAUUUAUGACUUCAUAUUAGAAAUUUGGAGAUAAAGAUACAUCAAGGAGUUAUGUUGGCAUAAUCUUAAUGAGUCUUGUUUGUAUUUUAGAAUAAAGUUAGAAAAAUAAAAUUAUUCUUUGCACUUUUUUCCCUGAUUUUUAAAUACCUUAACCUUUGAAAUGGAUUUCUAGUGUUUUUUUUUUUUCUAGAAAGAGUACCUCAGUUAGGAAAAUAUUUCCCAGCUGAUUAGAUUAGUGCUUGUGAGCCACAGUUUUCAGAGUUGCUUCUCUCAUAAUAUGUGUCUUAGUACAGAAAUAUUUAUUUAUUAUGAUACUAUGCAAAUGAUUGUCUCCUGUUAAAGAAAUUAAGUGGUCCUGUCUGUGCUAUUGAGAAUGUGAAUAUGAUUAUCUUUUGAAGGCUGUAUUACUGCAGAAAAUCACCCACUCCUGGGUCAUUUGGUCCCUGUGAUUGGUUGACAGAAGGUCUGGUUACUGAAAAUAAAUGACCUAUUCUCUCUUCUCAUCA